AGAGCCAGGAGAGAGAGGUGAACAAGCAGUUAAAGGGGAUAGAGGUGUGAACGUGGGUACAGGUAAAAGCAAAGGAAAAGGAAAAGGCAAGAAGAUGGGUCCCCCUGGUCCACAAGGUCCCCAGGGCCCUCCAGGUCCACCAGGACCCCAAGGUCCUCCAGGAAUCCCAGGAAUCCCUGGCAUACCAGGAACAGCAGUGUUGGCAGCACCAGGGCCACCUGGUCCACCUGGCCAGCCAGGACCUCCAGGGCCCCCAGGACCACCAGGUACUUCAGACAAAGCUGCAGAGAGUCCGCCACCAAUGGCAGUAGUGCACCUCCAGGGGCAUGACUCAGUCAUUCAAGUCAAACAAGGUGGUGUUCUGGCUGACUGGGUCCGAUCUUCACUGAGCCACAAGGUCUUCCGGUUGCACAGCCGAAGUGGACAGCUGGAGGUACUCGUGGAUGGCACCUACUUCAUCUAUAGUCAGGUAGAAGUUUAUUACAUUAACUUCACGGAUUUUGCAAGCCAUGAGGUGCUGGUGGAUGAUAAGCCAUUCUUACAGUGCACACGCAGCAUUGAGAACCGCAAGUCAAAAUUCAAUACUUGCUACACUGCAGGAGUCUGCCUACUCAAGGCGAGGCAGAAGAUCACAGUCAAGAUGACAUACGAAGAUACGGUCGUUAACAUGAGUCAACACACAACUUUCUUUGGAGCGGUGCGACUAAGCGACUCUCCAUAGAAUCGGGGUCUUUGGGACUGCAGAGUGCACAGGAAAAGAAAAAUGAUAAGAACGUACCCUGAAAUAAUUCAUCCAAGGAUGAAAUUGGGAGUGCGGUGUUUGGGUGGAGGGAUAAAGAGUUUAGGACCAUAGGGAGCUUGGAGUGAAAUUUCUUUUAUUUACCAAAUCAGAUAGUUUCCCUUUUUCCUGACGCGUACUUGUGUGAACAAGCGUAACUUACUUUGAGUUGUAUUUGGAAAUCAGCAGGAUGUGCACAAGUGUGUCACCCUUGUAGCAAACUCUGUCGUCUACUUCUCCUGAUGAGUUUAACACUGCAUUUCUAAUCAGUUGGAUUCCUCCAGUCCCUGUCUCCUCCAGAGGCUGGAGUAAUGCAAAUUAUUCAACUGGCAUUGAUGUUGCAGCUUUUGUUUUUUGUUGCAAUCACAAUGGAAACUGGAGGGAGGGAAGAGAGGUAUUCUUUAUCUGGAUAAGUAGAGAGAAACAAUAAUGUCUUGUCCUAAUUUCAACCUCAGUAUGUGGCCAGAAAUAUGGAAGAAACAGUUGAAUACUGAAACUUAGAGGAAAUCCAUUAAAAUGCUGCAUGAAUGAGGAUGAGAACUGUUGGAGUGCAGUUGAGGUUUACCAUGCAAGUUCUGCAUUAUGAAAUACCCUCCUGCUUGCAGUUUUGCACCAUCUCACAUAAGCAUUUUUUUCUUACAAGUACUUUAAAUUUGAGGAGCGUUAAUUCAAGAGUCUGAUGAAGUGCACUGCACUGGUGAGAAAAUGUUCAGCAAAGCUUUCCGUACAAAUAUGCAAUUGUUGUAAAAAUACAUGAGGGCAGAUUUUCAGCUUUCUAUCUGGACUUGCAAAUCAGGAUGAACAUCUGUGCAACAAUACCAGUUUACUUUCUUUAUUAUUCAUUCAUUGGCUGUUAGCAUCAGCACGGACCAGCAUUUAUUGCCCAUCCCCAACUGCCCUGGAAAAGCAGCGGUGAGCUAAAUUCUUAAGCCUCUGCAGUUGCUGGGGUGUAGAGAUAUCUAAGGUGCAAUUAGGAAGGGAGUUCCAGGAUUUUGGCUCAGCAACAGUGAGGGAACAGUAAUAUAGUUCUAAGUCAGGAUGGUGUGUGACUUCAAAGUGAACUUGCAGGUAAUGGUGUCCCCAUGCUUACACUGUCCUUUUCCUUCAAGGUGGUAGAGGUUUUCAGAGAUGAUGCCUUGGUGUGUUAUUGUAGAGCAUCUUGUAGAUGGUAUACACUGCUGCCCACUGUGUGUCAGUGGUGAAGGGAGUGAAUGUUCAAAGUGAUGGAUGGGGUGCCAGUCAACCAGGCUGCUAGUCCUGGUGACCAGCGUCUUGAGUAUUGUUCAAGCUCCAUCCAUCCAGCACUCCUAAGCCUCACAGUUGUUAGUCAGGAGGUGAGCUACUCAUUGGAAUUCCUAGCAUCUGAGUUAUUCUUGUAGCCACUAUGUUUAUAUAGCUGGUUAAUGCCAUUAAACAUCAAAUAGCAAUGGUUAGAUUCUCUCUCAUUGGCAGUGAUCAUUAACUGGCACUUGUAUGCCACAAAUUUACUUGAUUCAUGAGUCCAAGUUAUCAAGGUCCUACUGAAUUUGGGCAUGGAUUGCUUCAGUACCUGAGGAGUCACAAAUGGUGCUGAACAUUGAGCAAUCAUCCAUGAACAUCCCCAAUUCUGACCUUAGGAUGAAGAGGAGUUUGUUGAUGGAGCAGCUCAAGAUGGUUGGGACUAGAACAGUACCCUGAGGAACUCCAGAAAAGAUGUCCUGUAGCUGAGAUGAUUGACUCCAACCACCACAAUCACCUUCCAUUGUGUGUGGUAUGACUCCAACCAGCAGAGAUUUUUCCCCAGUUUCCCAUUGACUCCAAUUUUGCUAGAGUCCUCAGUGCCACACUCAGGUGAAUGCUGCCUUGAUGCCAAAUGCAGUCGCUCUGAAUUCCCUUCUGGAAUUCAACUCUUUUGUCCAUGUUUGAACCAAGGCUGAAUGAAGUCAGGAGCUGAGUGGCCUGGUGGAACCCAAACUGGGCGUCACUGAACAGGUUUUUCUUUUGCAGGUGCUUCUUAAACAGGAAUGGCGAUGACACCUUCCAUAAUUUUACUCGGAAAACUGAUAGGGUGAUAAUUGGCCUGCUUUUUUUGGCCAGGACAUACCAGGACAAUUUUCCACAUUGUCGAGUAGAUGUCAGUGUUUUAACUGUACUAGAACAGCUUGGCAAUGCGCAUGCUUAGUUCAGGGGCACAAACUUCAGUAUUAUUAUCAGAAUGUUGUCAGGGCCCCUAAACUUUGCAGGGUUCAAUGCCUUCAGUUAUUUCUUAAUAUUACGUUAUAUCGGUGGCUGAGGACUCACAUCUGUGCAUCUGGAGAUCUCAAGAUGGAGGCCAAGGCAGGUCAUCCACUUCAGCACUUCAUACAGUCAUGGAGUCAUACAGCAAGAGGACAGACCCUUCAAUCCAACUCGUCCAUGCUAACCAAAUUUCCCAGACUAAACUUGUCCUACU